AUUGGCCCUACGGAAAAAUGAAAAUAACAUUAACCAAGAUGGCGCCGGGCGAGACAGAAAAGUAACAGGAGAAUAGAACAACAAGCGACACAACUACACAACAGUGUGAAUCUAUUUGACCCGCGCAGCUCGUUCAGACCAGACCUCUUGCUCACCAACGGGGACACUGUCCACCACAUGCCGAGAGACGGCGUCGGGACAUAUAAUUACACAGCUAACUGUUUGCUAACUAGCUGCUAAAGUAGCUAGCAUAGCUAACGCUGGCUAACUGCGGAAGGCGACGGAGGAGAGAGCAGGCAGCUCGAAGUACAAGCUGACAAGUCAAGCUAAUCUCCUUAAAAACCGAGCGACAUUUUCGUUUGAUAGAUUAAGCAGCGCGCCGGGUCGUCCGAACCGACGGGUCUCCGGGGAAAUUAACGUUUGACCGCCGAUAAGACGAGCAGAAAAGACGAGGAGAGGCGUCAUCGUUGCCGAUCUGACGCCAUGGCUCACUCUCCUAUUCAGAGUGGACUGCCGGGGAUUCAGAAUUUCAAAGCUGACCCGGAGGAGCUGUUCACCAAGCUGGAGAGGAUAGGAAAGGGCUCUUUUGGUGAAGUUUUCAAAGGCAUCGACAAUCGGACUCAGAAAGUUGUGGCUAUAAAAAAUAUCGAUCUGGAGGAAGCAGAGGAUGAAAUAGAGGACAUUCAACAGGAAAUCACAGUUCUCAGCCAGUGUGACAGCCCGUUUAUCACCAAGUAUUUUGGAUCCUAUCUCAAGGGGACAAAAUUAUGGAUUAUUAUGGAAUAUUUGGGUGGAGGAUCAGCCCUGGAUUUGUUGGAACCAGGUUCUCUGGAUGAAACCCAGAUUGCCACAAUUCUGAGAGAGAUCCUCAAGGGACUUGAGUAUUUGCACUCUGAGAAGAAAAUCCACAGAGAUAUCAAGGCUGCCAACGUCUUGCUGUCAGAACAAGGCGAGGUGAAGCUGGCAGACUUCGGAGUGGCCGGACAGUUGACAGACACGCAGAUAAAGAGGAACACAUUUGUUGGAACACCAUUUUGGAUGGCGCCUGAAGUUAUAAAGCAAUCUGCCUACGACUCAAAGGCCGACAUCUGGUCAUUAGGGAUAACGGCAAUAGAGCUGGCUAAAGGAGAGCCACCUCACUCUGAGCUUCACCCCAUGAAGGUUUUAUUCCUCAUCCCGAAGAACAACCCCCCAACACUGGAAGGAAACUACAGUAAACCACUGAAAGAAUUUAUUGAAGCCUGUUUAAAUAAGGAGCCUAGUUUUAGGCCAACUGCCAAAGAGCUGUUGAAGCACAAGUACAUUGUAAGGCACGCCAAAAAGACUUCCUAUCUGGCAGAGCUGAUCGACAGAUACAAGAGGUGGAAGUCGGAGCAGUCUCGAGACGAAUCCAGCUCCGGUGAAUCUGAUGAGGAGACAGAUGACCAAGCAUCUGGAGGCAAUGACGCCAGCAAUGACGACUGGAUUUUCAACACCAUCAGGGAGAAGGACCUGAAAAAGGUUCUGAAUGGGGCAGCGCAGCCCGCUGAGCUCGAAAGAACAGAGGUGCAGGAGAAUCCAAAGAGGCCUUUGUCACAAAGCUUGUCAUCAAUAUUUUCUCCAUUGUUUUCUGAGCUGAAAGAAAAGAGUGAGACAAGUAAUGGCAAGCCAGAGGUUGCAGAGGAGCUACGGACGGCCAUUUUCCUGGCAGAAGAAACACACCCUGGCAUCUGUGACUCCCUGGUGGCUGAACUAGUGCAGAGACUUCAGAGGUUUUCUGUGCCACAGGCAGCUGCCGCUCAGUGAGACGAGCUACAUUCAACUCUGCUCUUAAGUUUCCACCCUGGUGGCAGCAGUCAGAUCUUUUCCUCUGACCUCCACAGCCAGGAUGAAGUCUCCCAGGAAGGUCUCCAUCACUCAUUUGCUUGAAGCGAAACCUGGCCCAACUUAUCUUGUAUGUCUGUUUUUAGGCUAGCACUCCACCGGAGGGUCCUAUUCAGGACAGUCGUUUGACAGCCAGUCGGCUGCCACCAUGACUGCCAACUGCUGUAAGAUGUCCCUUCUCAAUACCUCCUUCACAAUGGCUUUAUUUUAAGGGGUGGUGAUAACUAUCUUUUCUGCAAGGACUCUUUGGGUUUGGGGGUAUAGGUGAGUUUGUGGCCUUUUUCACAAAGGUUUACAUUCAGCAUCCUUUUUCUGCGAAAGUUUCCAUGCUUAAUUAAUUGUGUGCAUGUGUGCGUGGCUGUGCGAGAUAUCCUGUGAAACCUGCAGUGAGGAGUGACGAGUGGGUUGAAGCAUUCUAUUGAAAACUCAGGUAUCCUGCUUUAAGUGGAUUGGGUCCUCUGGGAGACGGAAAGAGCUCUAUAGGGUGGUUGUACAAACUUGUAAAUAAGCAAAUUUCUACAGAUUCAUGAAAAAAUAAUAGAGCGUUUGUAAUGGAACCACUGUGUACAAAUGGCCAAAUGCAAACUGUAGAUAAUGGUUGUGAGGUAAAUAUUUUGAGAGACUAAAAUGGCCAUAAAUGAGAUUGCCUUGCCUUUGUACUUGUUCUUUUGUGUAUCAGUCUUUGAUUUCCAAGUAUUCAUCCAGUGAAUGAAAAUGGCUGCCCUCUAUCAUGUUUUACUAUAGAUGUAUUAUAUAUUUCUUAAUUCUCUUUAACUUUUUGGUUUCACACUCGAUGCUACUAUGGCUGUAAUAAUUUUGGAGAAUGUAAAACCAAGUGGCUGGACCAUGCAAGGCCAUUCCAGUUGUAAACACUGGACGCUCUGUUUGCAGUCAUGAUUCCUCAAGGCCUUGAGUUGUGUUGGUGUUUUGGACAUUUUGGCCUCAUUCCCUUUUUUUUUUCUUUUUUUUUUUUUGCUGUGCGCGUUUGAUUGAUCAGAUAAACUGAGGUUUCGUCCAUUCAUUCCAUUAGCGGGCGAUGCCAUCAUCUAUUUUACUACGCAUAAAUCAGCAGUCUCUGUUAGUCUUCCUAGGAGCUGCAGUGGUACCAUCUCCUCAGCGUACCUACAUCUUUGAUUGCACUUCAAGUAUAAAUGCCUUUUACUAUAAAAAAAAAGAGUAGCCAUAAAACAGUAGCACGAGACCUGUGGUAUUUUGCAGGUAUGCACCAUACGAACUGGGACGAAAAGUCCACCUGAAGUCUCAGACUCUGGAGUUGGUCAUGCAGUAUAAGAUUUGCCUGGCUGUAUGUUUCCAUUUGGACUUGUGAGAAGUUUUUCAGUUGUACAGUAAAUUCAUAUAUAGACAUGGACUUCUCACACAGUGAAUGACACUGCUCUCAGUUGUACAUAUUAACAUAAAGCCAGGAGGUUUUCAGAGACCAGCGGCACUGCUACUACUUCUAGUUUAAAACUAAUGUGCAUGAUGGUAUGAACUGUAGAAAGCCUGUUGAUUGGCCGGAGCAGUAUGCGUUGUAGCAUAUCUCUACAGCACUGGAGUGAUGUUGAUUCCUGAACAGAGUCGAAGCAGCCUUAGAGUAUUUGUGAUGAAUGGAAUCAAUAGUAUCAGCUUUAAAAUUGUUAGAUCAAAUGUUUUUGUUACCAUUUCUUCUUCCCCCCCCUCUGGCAUUGAAAUACAUAUGCAGCAAUACUUGUGAGGAAAAGAUCAAAACUAUUUCUUUCAUUCCUUCCCAGAAUAUAACGUGUGCAUGAACAAACUGACUCAUUUUAUUUAAAAGACAAAUCGUGUGGGGUCAGAUCAUUUAUUAUUUUUUUGCCACAUGGCAAUACAUGGCACAGGGGCAAGUGGAAGGAGCAGUUUGACAUUUUGGGAAAUAUAUGUAUUCACUUUCAAGAUUAAUACCAAUCAAAGAUCGCUUUAUUAGAUAUACCUGUACAUUCUAAUGCAUCCAAUACAACAACCCUGCCAUAAAGUUUAAUUUUAUGAUUGAUUUUUUAAUUUAAGCUCAUAGGAGUGUAAAUGUAAUUAUGUUUAAGCAUUGAACUCAUAGUUACUGGUGGCAUUGAAAUAGGGUGCAUUAUAUUCAUGGCUGUUAAUUAUAUUCUGUCCAACAAAUUAACCUUUUAUAUAAGAAUAUAACAAUAACAGUGAUUAAAAACAUAUUUGAAUGUACACAUUUCCAACAAUGUCACCAAAACCUUGAACUUUAAAAAGUUUCAUAAAGAUAGAUGUUAUGGCAGUGCUGUAUUAGGUUAUCAUCUCGUAUUCACAGAAUGUCACAGAAACUGAGAACCGGCGACACGCCCCUUUUUAUUAAAUGAUACGACCUGAACGUAGCUUCAGUUCAAGUAUUUUUCCCCCAAGUGAUUCUUUUAGCAAAUUUAAUUUAACUACAUUUUGAUUAUUCUUUUCUGCUUGCUAAUUGUGAUGGAGUUAAAGUUAGUGAAAUUAAAUUAAGAAACAUAAGACAUUUCCUUUGUUUUCAAAAUGACUCUUCUACUAUUGGUCUUCAUUCAAACUUACGUGAAAUGUGCCAUGUAUGUCCUCCUUCCCAAACUGAUAUGAAUCCAACACAUUUGCGCCUUUUUCCGUGGUCUGAAAUGGAUGACCGCCCUCUGUAUGUGUUGCACUUUGUAGAAAUCUUCUUUCUUUUUUUGUGGUACUUGACGAGGCUACAAUAUGUUGCAAUGACACCGGUUUUAAACAGCCCUCUCAUUCCCAUGUGCUGAACGGCAGUAAAGAAAGCGGUAUGAUGGAGAAGUCAUCUCUUAGCACAAGUAGGCAGGUAUUCUAUUGAACUAUUUUUAUAACCCUGAAGGAGAAGUAUUAUGUUAUAGAGGGUGACAAGUUUGGUUCCGUGAUGUGUUCAAGUUCCACUAAACACUGGAUAGCAAUCACUUAAAAAGGUACAUUUCAUUUUGUGUGAUCUUUGCUGACAGUUUAUAAUCCAGUAUACAUGUUUGCUAAUUCAGACCAGUGCUGUUGGAUUUAUUGGAAGUUGUCAAAUGGUUACGGUGAAAAAUAAAAAUUCAGUACAAAUUUGA